AUGAGAAACUAUACAGGGAUAACAUUAUUCAUUAUUCGGGGACUGACAGAUGACCCACAGUUGAAGGUUCUGCUUUUUGUCUUUCUGUUUCUGACCUAUAUGCUAAGUGUAACUGGGAAUUUGACCAUCAUCACCCUCACUCUGGCGAAUCCCCAUCUUAAAACUCCCAUGUAUUUUUUCCUUAGGAACUAUUCCUUCUUAGAAUUGUCAUUCACAACUGUCUGCAUUCCCAGAUUCCUGUACAAUAUGUCAACUGGGGACUAUACUGUGACAAAUAAUGGAUGUUUCACUCAGUUGUUUUUUGGUAUCCUCUUUGGGGCCUCAGAAUUUUUUCUUUUGGCUGCCAUGUCUUAUGACCGCUAUGUAGCUAUCUGCAAACCCCUGCACUAUGCAGCCAUCAUAAACAACAGAGUCUGUAAUCAGCUCAUCCUGGGUUGUUGGAUGGCUGGAUUGAUGAUUAUUGUUCCUGUACUUGGUGGAGCUCUUGAACUAGAAUUCUGUAACUCCAACAUCAUUGACCAUUUUGUCUGUGAUAUAUCACCAUUGCUGGAGAUUACAUGCUCUGAUACACAAUUCCUGGAAAGGAUGAUUUUAGCCUUUGCUGUGUUCACCCUCAUCAUCACCUUAGUGUUAGUGAUUCUAUCUUAUGCCUACAUUGUCAGGACUAUUCUGAGAUUCCCCUCAGCUGAGCAAAGGAAAAAAGCCUUUUCCACUUGUUCCUCCCACAUGAUUGUUGUCUCCAUGACUUAUGGAACCUGCAUCUUUAUCUAUAUCAAACCUUCUGAAAAAGAAGGGGUGGCUAUGAAUAAGGUGGUGACAGUACUUGCAACCUCAGUGGCACCUGUAAUGAACCCCUUUAUUUAUACUCUGAGAAAUAAACAAGUGAUUAAAGCUUUUAGAGACACAUUGAAAAGGAUUAUACUGAUUUCAAAACUAUAA